AUGACGGGAACCGAGCGAAAAGUGUUCCAGGUAAGUUAUAUUCAUUUUGUUAUUCUUCCUUUAGAUUUUUAUUGAUGUAAAUUGAGAAUUAGGAGAGGUAUAACCAUGUAAAAUAUAAAUCUAACCUUUUUAUUUGAUUUCAGAAAUAUUACCCACCCGACUUCGAUCCCAACAAGUUGACGAAGGCCAAGGGGAAGAAGGGAAGCUCACAGUUCGUUCAACGUGUUAUGGCCCCGUUCAAUAUGCAGUGCAACACAUGUUCUGAGUAUAUCUACAAAGGGAAGAAGUUCAACAUGAGAAGAGAGACGGCACAAGGAGAAGAUUACCUCGGAUUGAAGAUCUUUCGAUUUUACUUCAGGUAUGUUAUAUUUAUUUAUAUUUUUGUUGGUGUUUAGAUUGGAUUGGAGGAGUUUUGGCGGACCAUCUCUGAUUUGAAGGUUUAGAUGGUGUUUUCGGUCAGAAAAUUAUGUUUUUCGCCGAAUUUGGAAUCUUUCAGACUUGAUUUUUAUCCUCUCAUUCUGUCUAACCCUGUUUUUUAUUUCAGAUGUCCAAAUUGUCUGGCCGAACUGGUUUUCAAGACGGAUAUUGAGAAUGUGGAUUAUCAAAUGGAGCACGGAGCAACUCGACUGUUUGAAGCCGCCAAGUAUUAUCAACAGAAGCAGAAGGAAGCCGAGGAAUUGGAAGAAGCUGAAAAGAACGAUCCGAUGAAGGUUUUGGAGAAGCGAACUCAAGCCAGUAGAGCCGAAAUGGAAGCUAUCAAUAAGUUGGAAGAACUUCAGGAGAUGAAUAGGAGGAAUAACAAACUUGAUCCGUUGAGUUUCCUGGAUGCACAGACAAUGGAUGUGAAUCUAACACAAGCUCAACGUCAUAAGCUUCAAGAAGAGGAAGAUGAAAGGGAAAUUCAAAGACUCUUGGCCAAGAAGAAGAUUGAAGCGACGGAAACAGUUGAAGAUGUCGUGGAAGAAGAACAGCCGAAGUCAUCUUCUGCCAUGAAGACUCAGUGGAAACCUGGUCCGAAGAAGAAGGAACCAAGUCUUCUCUCUGGUUUCAUCAAGAAGAAACCAAAGCCUACAUCGUCUACAAGUGGAAUUAUUGGAAUCUCAAAAUCGACGGCUGGGCCUUCGAAGGCAUCGAUAAGUGUCUCAACACCAUCAUCAUCGUCUGGGAACGCUUUAGGAGCCCUUGUGGGUGACUAUGGCUCUUCAUCGGACGAUGAGUGA